AUGGAUCAUGCCAACCACACUUGGACCCCAAAUUUCAGUCUUAUUGGCUUCAAUAUCAUUGGAAAUCUGCGACCUCUUGCUUUCUUGGGGACCCUGGGCCUCUAUCUUCUCACCCUGGCAGGGAACCUGUUCAUCAUUGUCCUGGUUCAAGCAGAAUCUGGACUAUCCACACCCAUGUACUUCUUCAUCCAAAGCCUCUCCUUCUUGGAACUCUGGUACGUCAGCACCACGGUGCCCACACUGCUGCAUACCUUUCUCCAUGGAUGUUCACCCAUUUCACCUGCUUCAUGCUUCAUCCAGCUGUAUGUCUUCCACUCCUUGGGCAUUACUGAGUGUUACCUUCUGGUUGUCAUGGCAUUGGACCGCUACCUUGCCAUAUGUCACCCACUCCACUACCAUGCACUCAUGAGUAGACAGGUACAGUUAUGGCUAGCAGGGGCCCCUUGGGUGGCUGGCUUCUCAGCAGCAGUUGUGCCAGCCAGCCUCACAGCCACUCUUCCCUUCUGCUUGAAGGAGGUGGACCAUUACUUUUGUGACUUGGCACCACUAAUGCAGUUGGCAUGUGUGGACACAGGUUGGCAUGCUCAGGUCCAUAUUGCAGUGAUUGGACUGAUCAAUGUAUGCAACCUUGCAUGCAUUUUGGGACUUUAUGGAGGCAUCCUGAGAGCUGUGUUAAAGCUACCCUCAGCUGCCAGUCGUGCCAAGGCUUUCUCUACCUGCUCCUCUCAUAUGACUGUAGUGAUACUUUUCUUUGGCUCUGCCUUCAUUGUCUAUGUAGGGGUACCUGGGAUCCAGGCUGAGGGCAUAGACAAGUUUAUUGCUUUGGUAUAUGCUCUUUUUACUCCCUUUUUCAAUCCCAUUAUUUAUACCCUUCGUAACAAGGAGGUGAAAGAGGCUGUGAGGAGAGUCACUCAGAGGAUUAGGACUGUGUUAAAGGGAUCUUGA